GUACGAGUCCGAAUAUCGAGCGCAGUGCGCAGUGCGCAGUUUCAAAAUAUUUGUCUAACGUUUUUCGGGUUUCGGAUCUAUUCGAAAAGUAAAAAAAUAUUCGUCACGUUUAUUGUUCAGCAGUAUAGCCAUUAGCCAUUAGCCGGCAUUCGCUAUUAAUUAUUUUGACACUACGUCACUCUUGACACUUGCGCAAAAGUAAAACGAUGAAAACUGUUUCCGAAAAUAAUAGAAACGUUGUUUCGGACAAGAUGUCCAACAAAAAAGGUACCAGAAAGUUCUUGCAAACAUUGCAGCCGUCUGGCGGCGAUAAAGAAAAUUUGGUUGGGACUGGCAGAAUUCACGGAAAGAAUUCUGAUCCUAAAAUAUUGAAGACACAAUUUAAGACUGAAGUAGAAGUUAAAUCCGAUGAAAGAAAGUCUGUCGUUGCAAAAGUGAAUCCAUCUCUCUACAAGAAGUUAAUUAUUGAAGAUCUCACGAGCACUGUUGGUCCAAGCGAAAAAUAUUGGGAGGUUAUUGCAGAACGUCGUAGAAAGGCUUUGGAAGAAGUACUUGAACAAAAUCGUAAAUUACAUGCCGUAGUCAUGGCAUUGGAAAAAGAAAAUGCAUCCUGUAAAAAAUUACUUGAACAAACAACUAAUCUUGUUAACACAUUAAAGGAAGUACUAAACGAAGAAGAUGAUAAAACAACUGAAGAUGAUGGCGAUAAUGACAUUUUGUCAAACGACUCAAAUGAAAUAAACAGCAACAAUGAUUUUUCCGGAAACGAAUCCGAAUGAUUCUUUUUACAUUUAACAAAUAAUUAAUUUUUUUUCAAAUUAUUCUAUUGUUUU